ACAAGUUUCACAGUGAGUCACUAAAACUGACAGACCUUCACCGAGAGGAGGAGCAACAGGGAGAAAAAACUAGAACGACACAUUUACUGGAAUGUAAGCCUAAAAGUUUGAGUUACAGCAGAGCUUCAGUCCAGACGAGUCUCUGUGUUUCUCUCUGAAGAAAACUUUCUCAACACAACAGCAGAAUCUCUGACAAACACUGACUGUCAACAUGUCUGCUGCCAGCUGUCAGCUGACUGAAGAUCAGUUUCUGUGCUCCAUCUGUCUGGAUGUGUUCACUGAUCCAGUCAGCACACCAUGUGGACACAACUUCUGUAAAACCUGCAUAACUCUACACUGGGAUAAAAAUGAGUGUCAGUGUCCAAACUGUAAAAAGACUUUCAACUUCAGACCUGAACUGGAGGUCAACACGUUCAUCUCUGAGAUGGCUGCUCAGUUCAGACAGUCAGCUCAACAGAAAGCCAGCAGCAGCAGCUCAGAGCAACAAGUUUCCAAACCAGGAGAAGUUCCCUGUGACGUCUGCACUAGAACCAAACUGAAGGCCCUGAAGUCCUGCCUGGUGUGUCUGGCUUCCUACUGUGAGACUCACCUGGAGCCUCAUCUGAUAAUAUCAGGCCUGAAAGGACAUCAGCUGAUCGACCCUGUGGAGAACCUGGAAGACAGGAUGUGUACGAAGCAUGAUGAACUGCUGGAGCUGUUCUGUAAGACCGACCAGAUGUGUGUCUGCAUGCUCUGCUCUGAUUUAGACCACAAGACACAUGAUGUUGUUCCUCUGAAAGAAGAAUAUGAAGGAAAGAAGGCCGAGCUGGGGAAGACAGAUGCUGAAAUUCAGCACAGGAUCCAGAAGAGACGACUGAAAAUUCACGAGAUGAGAUGCUCAGUGAAGCGCAGUAAGAAUGAUGCAGACAGAGAGAUAGCAGCUGGUGAUCCGGUCUUCAGAGCUCUGAAGGAGUCUGUUGAGAGAAGCCAGGCCGAGCUCAUCUACACCAUCAAAAUGAAGCACAGAAAGACAGAGAAACAGGCUGAAGGCUUCAUCAAAGAGAUGGAACAGGAAAUCUCUGAGCUGGAGAAGAGAAGCUCUGAGGUGAAGAAGCUCUCACAGUCUGAAGACCACCCCCACCUCCUCCAAAGCUUCCCAUCACUGAACACUGCUCCACCCACCAAGGACUGGACAGGAGUCAGCGUCCGUCCACCUUCAUAUGAGGGGACUGUGGUGAGAGCUGUGAAUCAGCUGGAGGAGACGCUCAGUAAACAGAUGAAGAAGCUGUUUGAGGUCGAGCUGAAGAGGGUCCAGCAGUAUGCAGUGGAUGUGACACUCGAUCCUGAUACAGCACAUCCCAACCUCAUCCUGUCUGAUGAUGGAAAACAAGUUAAACAUGGUGAUGUGAAGGAGAAUCUCCCAAACAACCCAGAGAGAUUUGAUACUUGUCCCUGUGUCUUAGCGAAGCAGAGUUUCACUUCAGGAAGAUUUUAUUACGAGGUUCAAGUUAAAGAGAAGACUAAGUGGGAUUUAGGAGUGGCCAGAGAGUCGAUCAACCGGAAGGGAAACAUCAAUCCGACUCCUCAGAAUGGUCAAUGGUCGAUAUGUUUGAUGGAUGAAAAUGAGUAUGAAGCUUGUGAUCGCUCUCAAGUCCGUCUCUCUCUGAAGCAUCAGCCUGAGAAGGUGGGGGUGUUUGUGGAUUAUGAGGAGGGUCUGGUCUCCUUUUAUGACGUUGAUGCUGCAGCUCUUAUCUACUCCUUUACUGGCCGCUGCUUCACUCAGAAACUCUACCCGUAUUUCAGUCCAAGUCUUAACAAUGGUGGUAAAAACUCUGCUCCUCUGAUCAUCUCUCCUGUCAGUCACAUUAAGUAGAACAUUUGAUUUUCUACAGAAAGAUUCACAUUAUUUAACGUAAUAAAUGUACACUUAUUUGUGAUGUAUACAUUGUUGUUUUCAGAUUCUGAUCAAUGUGCUUUUAUUGUUACUAUAAAUGUAUUUCCUUGUGUCACAUUGAUAUCUACAUCACACCAGUUUUACAACAUUGAUUAAUAUUAUCUAAUGUAGACUCAUUUAUCCUAAUAACUGCAUGACUAAUAGAUUAUCAGAAAACAAUGUACUCAGAAAAAUCAUGCAAUUGUUUUGAAUUUUAACAAUUUUAUUGUCUGAUCAUUGUAAAUAUUAGAAGAGUUGCAUCCUGACAAAACAUUUAUGAAUGAGCAAAAAGUUAUUUGAUUUUGUUUUUCUUAAUGAAUAAAACAGAAAAAGCAAAAAAAACAUUUUAUUGUGUUUGAUUGAUUAUUUAGUUUGUUAUUGAUAACAACAGCUAAUGUUUCUAAUGACGACCAAAUCAUGUGAUUAAAAACACCAUCAGCUGUUCUCAGACUGACUUGAGCUGACGAGCUCCAAUCGUCCAUCACACCUGAGACAGCUGGUAGUGUGAGAUGAUGUCGUGUUAUUGAAGGUUUGAACAGCUGAUAUGAACUAAACCAGUGAAGUCUGACUUUAGCUCCAUCCUGAGAGAAAAAAUAAUAAAGUUCACACUCAUAAGUGUGUUUUUGAAUGUAGGGCUGCAACUAAAGAUUAUUUUCAUUGUUAAUUAUUCUUUGGAUUCAUUUCUCCAUCGAUCUAUUGGUUGCCCAAUCUAUAAAAUGUUAGAAAAUGGUGUUUCCCAAAACGCAAGUUGACCCCCUGAAAUGUCUUGUUUUGCCCACAAGCCAAAUAUAUUCAUUUAACUGUCAGAGAGAAGUAAAGAAAAGAGCAAAUAUUCACAUUCAAGAAACUGGAAUAAGAAUGUUUUAGUUUUUAUCUUUAAAAGACUAUUAUUGAUUGUCAAAAUAGUUUGGGAUUAAUUUAAUAGAUGUGUAGAAGUUAUGGUUUAAUCACUGUAGCUUCAUUGUAGAACAAGAACAAGAAAAUAGUUUUCAAGGAAAUCCACAAACAAAGAAGAAGCAGGCUAAUGUUGUGCUGAGAGUUCAUCCUGGAAAUACUUCAUUGGAACUCAAGACUUUACAAGUGGGUGUAAUCUUUUAAUGAUGACUAUAAAUAGUGAAUAUAAUCUUUUAUAGAUAUUUUUUCUUUUUUUUCUUCUGUUUUUAAAUUAAUUUAAACUUAUUUUUC